CAAUUGUCAGAUUUUCAAGCCGAUAGUCGGCAAAGCUUUACCUAAAUUUCUUUUUAUUUGCAUAAAUGUGAAAGACUACAAUACAAUGCUGUUAAAUCUAGUUCAAACUUUUUAUUUUUAUUUAAUGCCCAGCAUUCGUAAAAUUUAGAAAAUUAGUUAUUUCUCAUAAAAUAAAUUUGUAUAAAUGAAAGAUUUAUAUUUGAAAAAAAAAUUAGGACUCAAUUACACUCGAUUCUUGAUUGCGUCUUGUUUAUCAAUAAGAGCACAAUUAUUUAUAAUCUUAAAAGAGAAAUUACUUUUUGUUGAGUGAAAUUUAGCGAAAAUUUUUUAUUUUUCUAUUAUCGUUUAUUCUCCCUGUAAAUUUAGAAGUAAAUUUUUUACUAUCCUCAAAAAUGUCUAAACGACAAGCAGAAACUGGUGAUUCAAGUUCACAGCCACCGAUUAAAAAAGUUCAAUUCGAACCAAUUUUAAUUGGGCCCAUUUCAACUUUAGAAGAAAUGGACAUGAAGGUUUUGCAGUUUCAAAAUAAAAAAUUGGCUCAGAGAUUAGAGCAACGUCAUCGGAUGGAAGCUGAACUCCGUCAAAGAAUAGAACAAUUAGAAAAACGUCAAACACAAGAUGAUGCAGUUUUAAAUGUUGUCAAUCGAUAUUGGAAUCAAUUAAAUGAAGACAUUCGUGUUUUACUUCAAAGAUUUGAUGCCGAAACAGCUGAUGAAUCAGAAAAUAAAAAUGAAAGUGAAGCAACAACAUCUUUUCUCAUGCAACUUUCUUCAUGGGACAAGGAAGAACUUGAUGAUAAAUUGGCUAAUCGUGUUCAAGUUUCAAAACGCGCCGUUUCAAAAGUCGUUCAAGCCUUUGAUCGUCUCUCUCAAAGAAAUGAAAAAAUUACUAUUGCUCUUAAGGGCGAAUUCGAAGGAGAAGAAGCGCCAAACAUCGAUGAAGUUGUACGAAACGCAAAUACUGAGAUACAAUCAGAAAAUAGAAAUUUACAAGCUAUUAAUCUUCAGCUACAUGAGAAGUAUCAUACAAUAUCGCUUAAGAUGUCAGAACUUCAGGAUACAAUAACGGGUAAAGAUACUUUGGCGGCAGAAUUGAGAAAUCAAGUUGAUGACUUGCAGUACGAAUUGAAUAAAGUGCGUGCACGCAAUGACAAAUUAGAACAUCAUUUAGGAGAAGCUAUUGAAAAGUUGAAAGCCUUUCAACAGAUUCAUGGAUCUGAUGAUAAGGGUACUAAUAAGUCGAAUACACUCGUUGCCUCCAGUGUAUCGCAGACGAAAGUUGAAGACCUUCAGAGGGAAUUGGAAGAGACUCGAGAAAUGGCCAAUAAUCGACUACAAGAACUUGAUAAACUUCAUCAACAACAUCGCGAUGCACUCAAGGAAGUGGAGAAAUUAAAAAUGGAUAUCCGACAAUUGCCAGAAUCCGUUAUCGUUGAAACCACCGAAUACAAAUGUUUACAGUCCCAAUUUUCUGUUUUGUAUAACGAAUCUAUGCAAUUAAAGACACAAUUGGAUGACGCUCGACAACAAUUGCAAACAAGUAAAAAUGCUCAUUUACGGCACAUUGAAAUGAUGGAGAGUGAAGAACUUAUGGCUCAGAAGAAAUUACGCGGUGAGUGUAUUCAACUCGAAGACGUUCUCGCCCAAUUACGUAAGGAAUAUGAAAUGCUACGUAUCGAAUUCGAACAAAAUUUAGCAGCGAAUGAACAAACAGGACCAAUAAAUCGAGAAAUGAGACAUCUUAUUACUUCACUUCAAAAUCAUAAUCAACAACUUAAGGGUGAAGUUCAUCGGUAUAAACGAAAAUAUAAGGAUGCAUCGACUGAAAUUCCAAAAUUAAAGAAGGAAGUCGAGGAGUUGACUUCGAAACUCGGACAGCAGAAUGCGCAGGACAAUAAAGAGGGAAAUAAUUCUGAUGGCAGUGGAAAAGAAGAGGAUCCUUCUAAUCCUGUACCUGGUUCUGCUCAGAUAAAGGAAGAAAAUAAUACAAUGAUAAAACGAGAGGUGGGAAUCGAUGAAGAAUUAGAAACAAUAGAAGUUGGAGAAACUGAAGGAAAUAAAGUAGCUCAUGAAUCAUCUACAUUAACUUCACCAGUAUUAAAAAAGGAAAAAGACAUUAAAAGGGAAAAGGAUUUGAAGAAAGAAACUGUGAAAACAGAACAUCGAGACCCAGCUCACAGGGCAUCGAAAGAUGCAAAAGCAGUCGAAGCCGAAAUUGUUCGAGACCUAAAAGCACAGUUGAAAAAAGCCGUAAAUGAAAUGAAGGAAAUGAAACUGCUUUUGGAUAUGUACAAAGGUGUGGGAAAGGAGCAACGCGAUAAAGUUCAACUAAUGGCUGCUGAGCGAAAAACAAGAGCUGAACUUGAAGAAUUAAGGCAGCAGAUUAAAAAAAUACAGGAAAGUAAACGAGAGGAGAGAAAGAAGUUGGCCGACGAGGACGCUCAAAUGAAGAUCAAAAAAUUGGAGGAACAAACGUACUCUUUACAAAAACAAGUUGCAUCACAGAAGCAGAGUUGUGUGUGGCUUCAGGAGGAGGAAGCUCUACUUAACGAAAUGGAAGUAACAGGUCAGGCAUUCGAGGACAUGCAGGAGCAAAAUUCAAGGCUGAUUCAACAAUUGCGGGAGAAGGAUGACGCUAACUUCAAAUUGAUGACGGAGCGCAUAAAGAGCAAUCAGUUGCAUAAACUUGCGAGAGAAGAGAAGGACGUCUUGAAGGAGCAAGUGACCACGUUGACAACACAAGUGGAAGCCGCUAAUGUCGUCGUACGAAAAUUAGAAGAAAAAGAACGUCUGCUGCAAAAUUCUCUAGCAACUGUCGAAAAAGAACUCGCGCUGCGACAACAAGCCAUGGAAAUGCACAAACGAAAAGCAAUUGAAAGUGCACAAUCGGCUGCUGAUCUUAAGCUCCAUCUAGAAAAAUACCAUUCUCAAAUGAAAGAAGCGCAGCAAGUUGUUGCUGAGAAAACGAGUUCCCUGGAAGCUGAGGCAUAUAAAACGAAGCGCUUACAGGAGGAAAUUGCGCAACUUCGAAGAAAGGUGGAACGUAUGAAGAAGAUUGAAUUGGCCGAGACGGUGGACGAAGUAAUGGCCGAAGAACUUCGAGAGUACAAAGAAACAUUAACAUGUCCCUCGUGCAAAGUAAAGAGAAAAGACGCCGUUUUAACGAAAUGCUUCCACGUAUUUUGUUGGGACUGUUUGCGCACUCGCUACGAAACUCGACAACGCAAAUGUCCAAAAUGCAAUUGUGCCUUUGGGGCUAAUGACUAUCAUAGACUUUAUCUUUCCACAUGAGAGAAAAAACGUCGGUCUUAAAUUUAAUUUGAUACCUAUUGUAAAUACGUGUAUUACGUGUAUGAUCGAAAACAUUCGGUUUCUUUCUACUUUCUUACUAUUAUUAUUAUUAUUUUUAUUUUCCACUAGUUAUUCAUUUACGCAGACAAAAAUUCAAGCAGUGAAUUACAAUUAAAUGUAUGUAGUUGUGUAUUGAAAUUAGUAAUUUAUGCAGUAAAAUAAUUAUCAUAUUUAA